AUGGCAACUGAACGUUCGCUUGCCCGUCUGCUGCGGUCGCUGCAGGCGACCUCCAGCUUCGAAGAUGCGGCUGGUCUCCUUCCAACAGCGACGAGCUUUUUAUCUAUUCUUGGGAAUCCGCUAAAUUUGACACUUCUUGCAUCGCAGCUCCUCUCCGCGCCUGCUCUCUGGAACCACCCGGUCGAUUUACACGCAUGUCGCAAACUCAUGAGCGUCUUUAAUACCGCCGCCAUCGCAGUCCUGCAAAACGAUGCCACUGAUGAGCCCCGCAUGCCUCAUGGGCGGAAUCGGAGCAUCGAACGUGAAGCAUGGGUGAAGGCCGUGGUUCAGGGCGCGGACGACAAGUCUCCCCGCUGGCGACACAUGAUCCUGCUUGGCGGUAUACUCCUCGGAUUUGAGGGACAGAAUCGACAGGGUCUCCCGUGGCAUAUCCGAACAAAGCUCGAGUCAGCAUUGGCAACAGCAGCCCAAUUGGCGCUUGAGGAGUUGGAUCCUGAAGCGGGGAUUGAUGGUCAUUGCAUCAUCAUGGUCCUGAACUACACGUUUGAGCUCUUGGCGGAUCUGCAACGAAAUAAAAUCAAUUAUGAUCGGUUGUUGCCUGUGAUGGUUAGAUCCGCUUUCUUAUCUCCCGAAGGACUCGAAGGUGGAUUCUUUUUGGGAGCAAUUGAUGAAGAUGUAGUCGAAGCUCCUGGGAAGAAAUUCCGGUGGAAAGCUGAUACUAUGACGUUUGGUUAUUUCUCGACCAUUUCAUCUCGCCCGUUAGUAUCGGCAUUGGGGCCCUUGUCCCGGCUUAUCUCGCAUGCCGUUGAGAAUGUCCAGAGCCCGCAACUGGUUGCGCAGACGGUCGAUUACAUGGCCGAUUUUGUUAGGACUUUGAUGGUGCAGUGGCGUCAAAAUAAACUAUCUGAAAUCGACGUCGCGGAGGAGAAAGACUUUUUGGAUGCCGAGUCACUACAAACUACCAUUCCGGCACUCUGGAAGCUUCUUCGGAAUUGCUUGUAUUCGGUGGUCAUUGUUCUCCGCGCAGUUCUUGGAAGAACAAUCAAUGACCCCGCUCUCGCAGCCCACGGCAGCGCCCCGUACCUUUCUAUGCAAUGCCUCCAUAUUCUACGCAAUCUCUAUUUCGUUUCCUCUCGCACAGGCCAAAAUGGAUCGUCACAGCAGAGCUUCGUCUUUUUGGCCGCGAUAGAUAUUCUUUCCCAAUACCCUGACUUAGCCGAGAAUUUUCUACGAAGUAUCAAGCCAGUGGAUCUUGGUCAGAUUCCGGAACACCCAGUGGAGCGAUGCUUAGAUCUGUUUUUCUUGAAUACUGCCGAACAUUUCCCUAUAGUCUUGUCAUCCCAGGCUAACGAGGAUCUGCUCUUAUCUGCUGCAUUCCCAUACCUAGCAGCUGGCGCCAACAGUCUUCUUCUGGAAAUCUUCGAAGCCGCUCACAGCGUGGUGCUCGUGGUCUUCGCUAUUCCCCACAAUUCGGAGCUGGCUGCCAAACACCUUCCCUUCUACAUUGACAACCUUUUUGCGGUGUUCCCAGAAAACUUGUCCGCUCGACAGUUCCGUCUCGCAUUCAAGACUGUCAUCCAGGUCACAGCACCCCCUCGCCAUUGGCCAACAGCCAACCAAUGCUCCCUUCAAUCCUACUUGAAGUGGUGCGAGAUCGUGCACUGA